UAAGCACGGAUUAAAAAAUAUAUUUUAAUUCGUACACUUCCUAAGUAGGUAUUGAAUCUAUUAUUUAUUUUAUAGUGCAACUUGUCAACUAGUGGUUUAAACCGCGAUCCCGGUAUUUUACAUGUUUUAUUUACAACCGUGAUCGCGAUCUAUAACCGUGAUGAUAACUUACUAAUGAUAACAGUAUCGAGUGAUUAUAAUAAUAAUAUUGUCAGUAAGUACUUCAAGUUAUCGGUUGUCGGCAAUAAUUCGGCAUUCAGCUAUUCAGCACUUUCGCAAAACAAUAUAAAUUAUUAUUGAAACUUAAAACACACAAGCAGAAAGUUGGUUCCAAAGUACCUGAAAUUGUAUUAACGAACAAUGUUGAUAUAAUAUAAUAUAAUAUAAUUAGUUUCAAUUUUGACUAGACCUGUAUUAUUUAUAAUCAUUUGACGAAUAGUUUUUCAAUUUUAGAUCAUAUUAUUAUUGAAUGGUAAUCUAAUUACGUAGAUUUAUUUCGAAGACGAUCUAUUUUGCACCCUCUUUGUUUAAUGUCAGUCAUAUAUUUAAUUUCAUGAAAUUAAAUAUAUCAAAGAAACAACUAUGAUAUCAGAAAUUAAUGCAGCUAUUAAACAAAACGAUUUCCAGCGAGUAAAAGUAUUAGUUGAAGCUGUCAUUGAAGAACACACAAAUACGUUUAACUUUGAUGCUUUUCAUGCUGAUAAUACUUUCAAACAAUUAUGGGAAUCUAUGUUCCUAUGUUUGACGGUGGACAGUUAUAGAUGUAUUCACAAACAAUGUUUAACGUGUAUUCGGCUUCUGAGUCGAGACAAAACACAUUUGAAAGAUAUUGUAAUUGAAAAACAUGUGAACAUUCUACUUCAGUGUGCUAAUCUUGUUGACAACACAUUAUGCAUAGUGAUCACAACUGAAAAUACAGAUAUUAUCGUAGAAGGCCUGAAAUGCUUGUGUAAUAUAGUUUAUAAUUGUGACACUGCACAAGAAGUAUGCUGUUCUAAUAAAACUGUUGACUGCAUUAUUCUCAGACUAAGAACAUAUUUUGAACAGAAUAUUCCAUAUGUCAUAAAAUAUUUUGACAUCAAACUUUUAUUUCUUUUAACAGCAUUUAACAAAGACAUAAGAUUAAAAAUCACAGAAGAGUUACAUGGUCUCACGUAUCUAACAGAAGUCUUAGACAAUAUACUACGUGGUACUAUUGAAGAUGCAUCCAAAAGCAAUUCAUCUAGCUUACAGGAAGAAAAUGUGUUACUCAGCUGUGAAAUACUAAAAACUUUAUUUAACUUGACAGUUAUUCCAAGAAAUGAGUCAUCUGAAGAAGAUGAUUAUUCAAUUUGGAUUAGAUUGAUUUCCAUAUUACGUGAUUUACUAGUCACCUCAAAUUUUGUCCCAUUAUUUCAAGAUAACAUUAUUUGCAAUGUUGUAAAUUUGUUGACAAAUGCACCACCAGCUUGUUUAGAUCAAUUGCUAGUUAAAAGUCAUUGGUGUGAUUUUGAUGCUUUAAAAGUGAUAGUGAAUUUUCUUGAUAAUCAACUGUCUAAUACAGAGAAUCCAUUAUAUGAACAUAUAUCACCAGCAUUGAUGGUUUUAUUAAAAGGAUCUAGAUCAAUUGCAAAAUUUCGUUGUGAAGUACGACAGCAAAUUUUACCUCCAUUAAAAGAUGUUAUCAAUCGACCUGAACAAGGAAAGACAUUGCGUAAUAAAUUGUGCCGCUUACUCACUACUCCCAAUGUGAGUCUACGUGACUUGGUUGCUGAAUUGUUAUUUGUCUUAUGCAAAGAAAAUGUGGGUCGUAUGAUAAAAUAUACAGGAUUUGGCAAUGCAGCUGGUUUAUUUGCAAAUCGAGGAUUACUUUGUAAAACAUCAAAUCCAGAUUACUCAUCAGACAGUGAAGAUAGUGAUACAGAAGAAUACCUAACAUACAAAGACCAGAUAAAUCCAGUUCUUGGUUGUUAUGAACCACCAAAACCUAAUCCAUUUGAAUGUAUGUCUGUUGAACAACAAGAACAUGAAGUUAUGCAGUUGGUUUCUAAAAUGGAUAAACUCACCAGGGAAGGAGUGAUACAGCCUUGUAAAAUCGGAGAUGAUGGUCGACCAAAGCCUAUUGAACAUGUUCUUCAACUUCAAGAAGAAUUAAUGAAUCAUUUUACUAACAUAAAAAAUAAAGAUGGGCCAGAUGAUGAGAGUGAUUAAGUCAUUCAUUUAUUUAUUUAGUUAGUUGUUAAUCUACUUUUAAUUUAUUAUUAUCAGAUUUUUAGUCAAACUUUUUACUCGUAGAAUUCAUUAGCUAUUAUUAGAAACCUGUAUUAAAUACUAGUUCUAAGAUAUAAUUUAUGUGUUCAAGUCUGAUGUCUUCAGAUUUAAAAUUUGAGUCAUUUUAGUCUGCCAUCUAGUAAUUUGUAUUAUGCACAUAUUAACAUACUAUUCAUUCAUUUUAUUUAAUAUCACAAUUUUUAUUACACAUUAUUUUUAUAUACAUAAUAUGUGUAAUAGAUGAUUUUUAAUGUAAGACACUCAUUGUUUCAUUUAAUUAAAGAAAAAUUAAAUGUUUUUUUUUUUAUAACUGAACACUUAAAAUUACUUUACUUAAUUUAGUUUAUUAUUUCUUAUUCUGAAGAAAAGAUAUAUUAAUGUACAAAUAUUAUAAUAUUGAAACAUUGUCCAGUUUUAUAAACAGUUUAAGUUUAAAAGGGCUAUACUCCAGCCUAGGGGUCGACAAUUAAAUUCUAUGGUGGUCCAGAUAAUUUUAAAUAAAAUAUUUGAGGGCUAGAAGAAACUUAAAUAUCAGUAUAUAUUUUGUGUUGUCAUGACUAUUAUUGUCAACGGUGAUAAACGAUGAACACUAUUGUAAUAUAACCUGCAGAAAACUAGCAUUAAAAAAAAAGUAUUUUUGGUGGUUUAGUUAUUUCCACUAUAUGGUCUGGAUUUGGCUCGUGAGCCGCCUGUUGCCGACCUGCUAGGGCUCAUAAGAAAAGUUAACUUUUUUGUAUAUGUUUAUUGGUCAUUAUCGUGAUAUAAUUCAAUAAUAAUUUAUUAUUUUAUUCAGAUUAGGCAUUCAGCACAGUAUACAUACUGAAUUUCUGUAUAUAACCAGACAGGUUUUCAAUAAACAGCACAUCAUUAAUCAGUAUGAGACAUAAAAAAAAACUGCAAAAACUCAAUAAUAUUUUUUACUGUGGCGGGUUUUACUUUUCUUGUGGGCCAAAAUAUAGUCUUGAGCAAAUAUUUAUACUUUAUAGAGUGUGUCAAACAAAGUUACAAAUGAAGUAAUGCAUAAUGAUAGCAUAUUGAUUCAAUGUUGAAUAUUUAUACAUAAAUAUUUUCUAUUGCAUAAUGAGAAAGAAUAAAAUAAUGUUAUCGAUUUAAAAAAAAAGAAAGUAAAAACCUAAAAAAUUACCAUAAGUAAAAUUUAAAAAAUUGACUGCUAACAUGUGUCUUUAGUUUAAAAAAAAUUGUUUUCAUAUACCUAUGUAAUGUAGUUUUUUUCCACUCUGUUACAUAAUUCACAGUACUCACUUCACAUUUCAAAUUUAAAAAAUAAAAUUAUAUAUAUUAUUAUUAUUAUUAUAGUAAUAUUAGCUUAUACUAUACAUCUUAAAAUAUCUAAAAUGUUUGCAUCCGUGCAUAAGAAUUUAAGAUGCACAGCUGUAAGCUAAUGAAAGUAUUUUCAUUGCAUUCUAUAUUUAUAUUUACAGAUUGUGCACUCAAUGCAAACUUUUAUACAACUCUUUUCAUUAAAUACAUUUUAUGUAAAUUAUAAAUAACAAAUAAUUCUUGUUUCUAGUCAAAUGAAGGUAUAUAAAUGCAUUAUUUAAUUCCUGUUGUUUUGUAUAAUUGAUUAAAAUGCCUACAGUUACUUAACAUUUUACAGGGUUCAAUAAAUUGCAUUAAAAGUUAUUUGAUAAUAACAUUAUAGUAUAUCAUCAUAUACUUUAAAUUGUAUUAUGUUUUUUUUUUAAUCUAAUGUAUGUAUAGAAAUUAAUCUUACAAUGACCAUUGAACAAUGCACACUUGGAAAUGAUUGAAACCCAAUUUUACCUUAGAAAAGGGUAGUUUUAAUUCAAUAGUAUAACUAAAAAAAAACUUUAAAAUUGUAUUCUAAUAAAGUAUCAACUAUUGUUUAUCUUCUUAUCUAAAUAAUAAAAUAAACGUAUAUGUAUUAA